GCUUUUGACCUCGAAGGUAACAUGGUAUUGCAAAAUAAGGGCCAUCUUUGAUGUUUUCACGCCACAAUUGACCUUGAGGCCUUAUUUGCAGGGAAAUCGGAACUCGUCGCUGAAUAAAUCGCUGAACAAAUCGCUAACUUCACGGAUUUUCCGACGGCCGGGCGCGGGUAAUGUUCAAAGCCUGGCCCUCCAUUUUUUUGAAACGUUCUUACGCCUAUUCGUUCAGAACAGUCAUGCUCUAUUCGUUCAUGUCUGAUGCCGUCCGAUUCCACCUGAUCCCGUUCGGUAAUGUCUACUCUGUCCGGUUCGGUCAGGUCCCCUACUGUCCCGCUGGUCCCGUUUCGUCCAGUUCUGUCGCCUCCAGUUCCGUCGGGCCAGUCCGGUUCCGUCCUGACAUGUGACCCCUUAUGUCCGGGGUGAUUCCUUUCGGUCACCAUCUGCCUUUUGGAGGCCCCUGGGUGUUUGCCUCCAAGGCAAACACCCAGGUGCCAUCAUGGAAUUAUCGGGCCUGGUGAGCAAGGUGUUGGGAUUUUGGUGAUGUAGGAUUUUAAACGCGCUGUCUUUUUGACAUCAUCGUACAAUCAGCUGGAUGUGCUGACCCUACUGUUGUGUAAUCAGCUGACAGCCGCAUCGCAAAGCUAUCGCCUUGAGCAUCUCUAUGGAUCUGUCGAUGACGCCUGGGAGCUUGCCUCAUCCACUCCCAGAGGAAAGAAGCAUUUCUCUAGGCUGCAUUCUUUUGGCUGAAUGAAGAAAGGUCUUAUAGAGCACUUGUGGUAGUGCUGCUUGGCAUUUUGCACUAUGGAGGCAUAAAUCUGUUACCAUACUUAAAAAAACAAAACAUGAUGGCUUGCUGUGGGUCAAUUCUUGGCUGGGCUUAUAGCACUCUGCUCCUUCUCAACCAUGUGUGUGAUGCUGACCUGCUAUCUAUUUUUCAUCUGCUGGACGCGCCCGUACCAUCGCCAGUGCGACAGGCAGGCGGCGCCAUGCGGCCGGAGGUGGUAAUGGCUUCACUGGACCACAUCUACACCAGCGUCGUCAAUGUCUCCACCGAGUUUAUCUUCGUGUACCAUGUUGCCAACCUUUCAGAGGACUCGGCACUGCGUGUGUCCGUCAGCUCGGGGAACGCCACGCUCGACCUGCCGCUGCUGUUCGCCGUGCGGCAGCAGCGCGGCAUCCUCUCAUGGCCGCUGCCGCUGGCCAUCCAGCGCGCCGACGCCAAACACCUGUACAUGGACGUGAGCAAGACCAUCUGUCCAGUGCAGAACUACGUGCACGCGCGCGAGGCGGCCCAGCCCUCCGAGGACGUCUUCCUCGAGGUGUCGACGGCCAGCUCGCUGAACGUCGGGUUCAGUCUGGUGCUGCGCCGGGAGCGGAUCGCCAUCGGUCUGCAGGCGCCGCGCAAGCUGGAGAUGACGCCCUCCUCGCCGCAGUUCAUCCGCUUCAACUUUCCGGCCGACGUGUCGACGGCGCUGGUCAAGGUCAGCUCAUCGGACGACCUGUGCGCCACCGUCAGCAUCCAGAACGUGUCGUGUCCGAUAUUCGACUCGCAGCAGGAGGUGGCCUACGGCAACCAGUACCAGACGAUGACGUUGAAGGCCGGCAUCACUGUGAGGCGCGAGAACUUCCCGCUGGGCAUGUUCAUAGUGCUCGUGGUGCACGGCGACGACUCACAGUGCAGCCAUGCCUACGAACACAUCGGCGCGCUGCGUCAGAAGCGGGUCGAGGUGGUCGUUCAGGAGACGAUAUCGCCCGCUGAUUACGUGACGGCAACGGUGGGUGCGCUCGGCUUCUGCGGCCUCUUCUACCUGCUGUCCAUCCUGCUCAGUGUCGGCCACUACGUCAGGCAGCGGCAGCAGCGGCUGGGGCUUCCUGAGGAGUCGCCGCCGAUGGCCAACUAUGGCGCCAUCUCGACGGCCAGCUCAGACACGGCGGCGGCGGCGCGUGCGGCCGUCUCUCCGUCCAGCAGCGGCGCCUCUGGCAGCGUGCAGCGGCCCGACUCAGACCAGUCGGGUCUCGACGAGACGGAGAUCGACAUGCUGCACGAGGCCGAGCAUGACAAGGACGUAUUCCGUCCGCGCGGCCGCUACCAGCGCGUCCACAGCGACGACUCGUCCUUGGACGGGGUCGACCUUGACCGAAUGCUGGACGGCUUGUACCGUAAAGCGUGCGUUAGGACCAAGACGCUCCUGUUCGUGUCCGACCUGGCGCGCAAGAACCCGCGCGCGCUGGCCAAGAAGUCGCAGCUGUACAUCUGGAACCUGAUCACCAUCGCCGUCUUCUAUGCCGUGCCGGUCGUCCAACUGGUCAUCACCUACCAGAAGGUACUGAACGUGACCGGUGACCAAGACAUCUGCUACUACAACUUCCUCUGCGCACACCCGCUCGGCGUGCUCUCUGACUUCAACCACGUCUACUCCAACGUCGGCUACGUGCUGCUGGGCCUGCUCUUCAUCGGCCUGACCAAGCGGCGCGACCUGCUGCACCAGGCCAACAUCCGCGCCAACGACCGGUUCGAGCAGUCCUACGGCAUCCCGCGGCACUUCGGUCUCUUCUACGCCAUGGGCGCCGCGCUCAUGAUGGAGGGCAUCCUCAGUGGCUGCUACCACGUCUGCCCCAGCUACUCCAACUUCCAGUUCGACACGGCCUUCAUGUACGUCAUCGCCGUGCUCUGCAUGCUCAAGAUCUACCAGACGCGUCACCCGGACAUCAACGCCAGCGCCUACGUCACCUUCCUGGUGCUGUCGUUCGUCGUGUUCGUCGGCGUCAUCGGCGUGCUCGAGGGCACCGUCUACUUCUGGUUCUCAUUCAUCGCGCUGCAUCUGUGCAUCUGCGUGGUGCUCAGCGCCCAGAUCUACUACAUGGGCCGCUGGUCACUCAACGGCGGCGUGUUCCUCCGGAUCUACCAGAACGUGCGCAACGACCUGGCCACGUCGCCGACGCUCUGUUUCCGGCCGGCCUACCCGGACCGCAUGGUGCUGUUGGUGAUCGCCAACCUAUUCAACCUUGGUCUGGCUGUGUUCGGCGGCGUCACCGUGCCCAAGGACUUCGCCUCCUACCUGCUGGCCAUCUUCAUCACCAACCUGCUGCUCUACACCAGCUUCUACAUCAUCAUGAAGCUGCGCCACGGCGAGCGCAUCCAGCUGCAGCCCAUCAUCUACAUCGUGCUCUGCAGUCUGUCCUGGGCCGCGGCCAUCUUCUUCUUCCUGCGCAAGUCCACCACGUGGCAGCUUAGCCCGGCCCAGUCCAGAACCAAGAACCGCGAGUGUGAGAUUCUCAACUUCUACGAUGAUCACGACAUCUGGCACUUCCUCUCGGCGUCCAGCAUGUUUUUCGGCUUCAUGAUCCUGCUGACCCUCGACGACGACCUGGUGUUCACGCGCCGUGACCAGAUCCCCGUCUUCUGAGCGCGACCACCGCCGCCGGCCGCUGGGGGUCGGUCACGCCCGCCGGCGGCCUCACCGGGCCGGGUGGGCACGCACCGCCCCUGGCCACAGGGGGCAGAUACCGCACAUGGGCGGCUUGGAGAGCGUGCUGCAUCCGCACACGCAGGAGGCAUGCUACAGUCGUGGUCCGCGUUCAGAUGCGUUUUUUUCCGUGUGGGUAAUUUGUGGAGUGCGCGCUUGCUCGAUCGCAGGCGGCGAGUAAUUGCAGGAAAUCGCACUCAUACAGUUGGCGUGCGUCGUGCGUACGGCGGCGAGCCGGUCCGUCCGGAAGUGAGACAUUGGCGGCCGGCUGUGUCACUGAGCGCACGAUAGUGGGGCACUCCAUCAACGGGCGGACCGGUCGGGUUCGGUGGGCCAGUGAUAACCACCGAACGGUUGUGAGAUGCGGCUAAGCCUGACACCACAUGUUGACGGACCAAAUGCCAGCAAAGCUUCGAUUCUCUUCCAGCUCAUAUGUACUGUGUACGUUGCUGCUCUAAUGUGCUCCAGGAAAUCAUGUGGUGUGAUCGUAAAUGGCCGGUUUGUAAUGUGGCUACGGCGCAAGAUAAAUGUAUCGCAUGGGACGUAUGUGAUGUGGACGAUAUAGUCAGAAUGGAUAUCGGUUAACCGUUAUAUGUCAAUUUUGCGUGUCCAGCCCACCGUGCUUGUAGCGAAUCACGCCACGGAAAAUGUAAAAGUUCGCCAGAUUUGAUUCCGCGUGUAAGCAUGACAUACUGUGCCUUGGUUUGAGUUGCCUCGGUAUCGUAAUGGAAUCAGUGACAUGGAUACCGCGGCGCCAUUACAAUAUCGCACCGCACUAGAGCCGCGAUAAGAUGCCAGCGAAGCUUCUUCACGCGGCGUCACGGGACCAGACCAUGAAGUCGGUGCGCCCAACUAGGUAGCAAGGGUGCCGUGCGACUGUUCCAGUGAGCCACACUCACCACGUCUUCGUGUGUACGCUGUCGCUUCGGGCUUGUUUAUGUUGGCUGUGAAAUAUAUGUGC